AUGUCGCUGAUUCGCAGCAAUGCUUCGAUGGUGGAGGUUAAGUCCUGCAUCGAGCAAGAAUUGGACCAAAUGAGCCGAUCGGGUCGCGAGCCAACGCCGGAAUACACAAUGCUCGAGAACGAAAUCCGGCGUGAGAGUCAAAUUGACAGACAUCGAUCGGCUGUGUCGAUUCACAUGCUUGUGGACAUGCCGCUCGUCAGAGUUUCCGCUGCAUCAUGGACAAAGGCGACUCAUGACAACCUAGUCUCCAAUCUGAUCUCAGUAUGGUCGACCUGGGAUAAAAUUUGGUAUAACUGGUUAGACGAAAUCCCAUAUCUUCGGGACAUGGGACUGAGUCACUAG